GCAGUUCCCAGCCGGAACACAAAAAAAUGUGUCACACGUGUUACAACAAACGAACUCCCAACGUUCGGAGUAAGAAAACUUAAAAGGUGUUUUUUUCUGUGUACCAAAAUCCGAAAUAGAACCGGUUCGGAGCCAGUUUAAGCGCGUAAUAUAUGUUUUAAUAAAGUAAAAGAUUUAACUGCGUUAUCUCUGCUUGGCGGCCGAACCGCAGCAGAGUUUGACGUUCAGGGGAGAGCCGCUCUGGACAUGAGCAGCUCGUUCAAAAGGUGAGAACAGACCUCGGUUUUUUUUUUUUUUUUUUUUUUGGCUUUUUACUGCUGGACUCCUUGUGUAGUUCCCGGGCCGACAUGGCGGCCAGCGGCUGUGUGGACAUGGACCCAGACGUCGCUCGGAGGCUGUUCGAGGAAGGAGCCACCCUGGUCCUGCUGGACGUCCCUCGGGGCACGGAGCUCGGGAUCGACUGCAAGAGCUGGCAGGUGGGCCCUCGCUUCAAAGGCGUGAAGAUGAUCCCCCCGGGUCUCCACUUCCUCCACUUCUGCUCCACGAACUCUCCGAGCUGCGGCGGAGAAACCGGCCCCAAAUCGGGUCUGUUCCUCACCCUGAAGCCCAGGCAGAUCCUGCUGGCCCGCUGGGACCCCAAAGAGGAGGACCUGGACUUCUCCGCCUCCGAGAACGAGGAGCACCUGGAGCGGAUCCGCGGCGCCCUGCGGGAGCUGGACCCCCACCUGGGGCCCUAUCCCUACGAGGUGAUGAGGAAGUGGGUGGCCCUCACCGACCACAUCGGCCAGGAGAUGGCCGAGAACCUGCAGCCUCUGUCGGGCCGCGUGCGCGCCUUCAGCGACGUCAUCCCCGAGCUGCAGCUGACGCACACCAAGGACCGGGCGGAGCAGCCGAGGAACGACACGGCCUGCCAGAGCAUGAGGGAGGGCCUGGACCGGCUCCCGAAGAUGAAGCAGCGGGAGGGCACCGAGUUGCGCUUCUCCGUCCUCCCCGAGCGGACCUACCCUCCCGGAGCGUCUCCUGCAGAGAUCACCCGCUGCAGCAUGGACCUGAGUUACUCCCUGGAGACGGUGCUGGAGCAGAACUACCCAGAGCAACCCCUCAACCUGCUGGGAGAGCUGCAGUUCGCCUUCGUGUGUUUCCUGCUUGGGAACGCCUACGAGGGCUUCGAGCACUGGAAGAGCCUGCUGGCUGUGCUGUGCCGCUCCGAGGAGGCCAUGAGGAAGCGGAAGGAGCUCUAUCUGGGGCUCAUCACUGUGCUGUACCACCAGCUCGGCGAAGUACCCCCCGACUUCUUCGUUGACAUCGUUUCACAGAACAACUUCCUCACCAGCACUCUGCAGGACUUUUUCCAGUUUGCCUCUGGACCUGGCAUGGACAGCACGCUGCGAAAGAAAGCCGAGAAGUUCAAAGCCCACCUGACCAAGAAGUUCCGCUGGGAUUUCGAGGCGGACCUGGACGACUGCGCCCCGGUGGUGGUGGAGCUGCCUGAGGGCGUCGCCAUGGACUGAAACCGCGCUCUUCCGUAAAUGUAUCACAAUGUCUUUUUUUGUUCUUUUUUACGUGUAUAUUAUGUGUGCGCAGUGUAACAUCUAUAAAUAAAAGCAGUUUGUACACUUGA